ACGACGUCCAGAGCGGAGGCGACGGUCACCGUCCACGUCGAAGUCGAACUUCCCAGUUAACCAUAAAUCGAAGUUCAAGUUAAAGUGCAAAAGACAACAACUGAAACGUGUGCAAAACAAAACAUUUUUUCCAUCCGUCUCGAAAUAAAUAUCAUUUUUUUUCUGUUGACUGUGCAUCCGAGUGUGUGAGAAGAGAGAAAGAGAGAGAGAGUGAGAGAGAGAACGAGAGCGAGUGUGUGCAAGAGUCCAAUUGGAAUCCGUGCGGCCGCCGUUGGCAAUGAAAGACUCAAUGAGCAUAUUAACCCAGACGCUGCCCACGACUACAGCGCCCAGCGAGCCGUCGCCACAUCAUUCGCAUUCGCAUUCGCACCACCAUCAUCUUCAUCACCAUUAUCCGUUGCAUCCACCGGCGGUCAACAUGUCCAUGUCCACCUCGUCCAAUCUGAAGCCAAAUCGGUCCCGCUUCAUGAUCAACGACAUUCUGGCGGGCAGUGCGGCUGCUGCCAGUGCUGCAGCAUUUUACAAGCAGCACCACAACAACAACAACAACAACAGCAACACAAAUAAUAACAAUAUCAAUAACAACAACAACAACAACAACAGUGAGCAUUUGGAGUCGGAACCGGGAUCAGCAACGCCGCCCGGCUCAGUUUUGGGACUGGCACCACCGCCGCCUCCACAUCAGCUGCCACAUCAGCCGCAUCCACAUCAGCAUCCGCAUCCGCAUCCGCAUUCACUGCCGCACGCCAAACUGACCCACUUCGGACCCACCGCCCAGAUGGGCGCCAACGGCUUGAAUGUGGCGCAAUAUGCAGCGGCCAUGCAACAGCAUUAUGCAGCAGCCGCCGCUGCGGCAGCGGCGCGCAACAAUGCGGCAGUUGCGGCGGCAGCAGCUGCAGCGGCGGCCGCUGGCACCGGCGAAGCGCCGCCGCCGUCGGCCGAGCUCGACGAUAGCAGCGACUACCACGAGGAGAACGAGGACUGCGACAGCGACGAGGCGGGCAGCGGCGGCGGCGGUCACAUGGACGAUCACAGCGUUUGUAGUAAUGGUGGCAAGGACGACGAUGGCAACAGCAUUAAGAGCGGCUCUACCAGCGACAUGAGCGGGCUGAGCAAGAAGCAGCGAAAGGCGCGCACCGCCUUCACCGAUCAUCAGCUGCAGACGCUGGAGAAGUCGUUCGAGCGGCAGAAAUAUCUCAGCGUACAGGAGCGCCAGGAACUGGCGCACAAACUGGACCUAAGCGAUUGCCAGGUGAAGACCUGGUAUCAGAAUCGCAGAACCAAGUGGAAGCGACAGACGGCUGUGGGCCUGGAGCUGCUCGCCGAGGCGGGCAACUUCGCCGCCUUCCAGCGGCUUUAUGGUGGCUCGCCAUAUCUGGGCGCCUGGCCGUAUGCGGCGGCUGCCGGUGCCGGCGCCGCAGCUGCCGCGCACGGCGCACCGCCGCACUCCAGCAUUGAUAUCUACUACAGGCAGGCGGCCGCCGCAGCGGCCAUGCAGAAGCCGCUGCCGUACAAUCUGUACGCGGGUGUGCCCAGCGCCCCCUUCUCGCACCUGUCCGCCUCCAGCUCGCUGUCCUCGCUGAGCAGCUACUAUCAGAGCGCGGCGGCUGCUGCCGCGGCGGCCAAUGGAGCUGCCGCUGGUGGUGGUGGUGCGGUGCCGGCGCCACUUGCAGCCGCGCCAGCCGCUGGCAUGGCUAUCAUACACAAGCCGCAGGCGCUGACCACAUCGCCGACGCAGUCGCAGGCGGCCAACGCUGCGUCGCCCGCACAUCCGCCCUCUACGCCUAGUCCGACGCUCAACCCGGGCAGUCCGCCCGGCCGGUCCGUCGACAGCUCCCAGGCGCAGUCCGAUGACGAGGAUCAGCUGCAGGUGUGAAGUGGCCAAAGAGGAACGAGCAGAAGAAGCAGCAGCAGCAACAAAACAGAAUUUGUUUCCAAAACACAAAAGGGCAAAAGGUUGAGUGUGUGCGUGAGUGUGUGUGAGAGAGUGUGAGUGUAUAUAUAUAUAUGUGUGUGUGUG